CAUCACUUACAAUUCUCUUCUCGUUUUCAUCAACCUACACAACUUCCUUCUCUUCUAUUCUCUCUAAUUUUAGAUAUUUUUCUUCUCAUAAUAUUAAUAAUUUUUCUCUGUUUUCUUUUCUUUUCUUUUCAGUUUUCGUGUCCACUUUCUCAGGAAAAAAGCCAUUCUUCUUUUCCGUUAAACACCUUCCACUUUUAACGCUUCUUUUCUUCUCUUCCUUCAGUUUUAAACGUGAAUAUCUAUCUGUCUUCCUUUCAUUUCUGUUUCAUUUAUUUCACCUCAAGUUUUUAUUCACCUUCAACGCGUUUCUUAAACAUUAAACAAUCCCAAUUUUUCCUUGAGUUUUCUUCAAGACUUAGUUUAAUUCCAAAAAUUAAAAAAUUGGAUUGUUUGCAUAAGAUUAGAACCUCUCUUACCUGAAGACAUAGCGUUGAAUUCACAACAUUGCCGGCGAAGACUGAGAAAACAUAGAGAAAAUUAAAAUUAAAAAGAAAAAUAUAUAUUAAUAGAGAGAAUGACACUAAGAUUUUGCGGUAAAUUCGGUGUAUAAACGUCAAAAAAUAGAAAGUGUUUUUUACUUUUACAUAUCAAUUCUCUUUCUUUCAAACACAAAAUUGCAAUCCCAAAUUAGUCUCUCUCUCUCUUUCUCUCUCUCUGUUUUCUCUCUGUUUUUGUCCAUCUGGGUUACCUUUGUUUUCAGGGUUGGGAGAGAAGCUGAAAAAAACCCUCUUCCCUCCCUUUCUCUCUCUCUAUAUCUUUCCUUUCUCUCUCUAAAAGUCAUGAUUUUUAAUAAAGGGUCAAUGCAUUCUAACCUUGAUUGCUUCCUUCGGUGUACAACACCCUUUGUUCAAUCUCAGUUUCUACCAAAGUCAGAGAUUACAAAUUUGAACCGUUUAUGGCAUCCAUGGGAAAGAGAAACAGUUGAAUAUUUCACCUUAGGUGAUCUUUGGAAUUGUUAUGAUGAAUGGAGUGCUUAUGGAGCUGGAGUUCCAAUCACCUUAACUAGUGGAGAAACACUUGUACAGUACUAUGUGCCUUAUCUUUCUGCAAUUCAGAUUUUCACUAGCAAUAGUUUCAGGGAAGAGGCAGAGUCAGGUGAUUGUGAAACAAGGGAUUCAUACAGUGAUUCUUAUAGUGAUGAGAGUGAGUGUGAUAAGUUAUGGAGAUGGGAUGGAACCUCAUCAGAAGAGGGAGGAUAUGAGCAAGAUUGUCUCUGGCACUUGAAUGAUAGAUUGGGUCACCUCUAUUGCCAAUACUUUGAAAGAUCAAAUCCAUAUGGAAGAGUUCCUCUAAUGGAUAAGAUAUCUGGAUUAGCUCAAAGAUACCCAGGGUUGAUGUCAUUAAGAAAUGUGGAUCUUUCGCCAGCAAGUUGGAUGGCCGUUGCUUGGUACCCAAUAUAUCACAUCCCAAUGGGAAGAACAAUCAAAGAUCUUUCAACAUGCUUCCUCACUUACCACACACUUUCAUCUUCAUUUCAAGGGAUGGACCUAGAUGAUGAUAUUGAGGGUGGGCAAGAGAAGAAAAAGGAAGGGGAAAACAUCUCAUUGCCAGCAUUUGGAUUAGCAACGUACAAGAUGCAAGGUGGAAAUGUGUGGGUGGCAGGGAAUCGUGGUCGGGACCAAGAGAGACUUGUGUCACUAUUGAGUGUGGCAGACUCAUGGUUGAAGCAACUAAGGGUUCAGCAUCAUGACUUUAAUUACUUCAUGGGCAUUAGGCAUGGCUAAAAAAAAAAAAUAUUUUUUUUAAAGGGAUAUGAGUAAUCCACUACUCUACAAAGCUAGAAUCCUUUUCUUGGAUCUUUAGUUUUUUUUAUGCACUUUCUUGGACCAUUAAUUUCUCCUUUUGUCUUUUAUUGAAAGUGUGUGAGGAGAAUAUAUUGAGGAUAUGUAUAGAAGUAGUAAUAGUAGUAGUUGAUACUUUAAUUAACCCUUGAGAGUAUUUUAGGACCAACUUUGAACCUUCAAAGCAAAAGGGUUAUUGAUGAAUUGACUCUUUUCAAUAGUCUAUAUAUUGAUUAAGAGGGAGGGAGGGAGGGGUCAUGAGAGGGACAGAGGUGAGAGACUAUAGAACUUAAUUUAUGAUUUGAUUGUGUAUGAUCACUUGCUAUUGACCAUAAUGGUUAAUGGAUUUGAUGAAUGAUGUGGAAUUCUUCUCAA